ACCUGAAAACGCCAUCUUUUUCCGAGGUGUUCUAAUAAUGAAAUACGUUGUGUAGUGCAUUUUCAAUUGUAAAAGUGUUUCAACAAUGUCUGAAAUAGACGGGAAAAAGCUCGAGGAUUUGCGUGUAGUGGAUUUAAAGCAAGAAUUGGAGAAUCGUGGAUUGGACAAAACUGGAAAUAAACAGGCGCUGAUCGAACGUCUUCAAAAGGCAAUAUUGAGUGAACGUAAUAGACCAGCUAUCAUGAAUAUAGUCGAAAUUAUUGAAAAUUCGGAAGACGCUCCAGACGAAGAAGAUAUUAAGGAUAUUUAUGAUAAUGAUAGUUCCCAUGACCAAACAGCAGAUUCAGAAUCUCCAAUCAUUAUAAUUGAUGAUUUCGAUUCAAAAAGCAAAGAAGAGUCUACUGAAGUUAAAGAAGAUUCUACGGACAAAGCAUCGUCGGUGGAAUCUAGAGAUGAAUCAGUCGUCGAUAGCAAGGACGGCGACGAUGAUAAAUCAGGAUGCGGAUCACAAUUUCAAGAUAAAGAUGAGCAGCAAGCAGGCCAGGAUGAGGACAAAAUGGACAACAAUGAAGAAACUGAGGUGGUUACUGAGAAAAGUACCAAUCCGAACGUAAAUCCGAAUAUAUCCACAAAAGACGGCAAAAAGGCGGAUGAAGAGAUCUCAUCAUCUAAAUCACCUGACUCAAAGGAGGACGCUGACGUAAAAAUCAAUGAAGAAAAAGCGCCUACCCCUAGUAAGAAACUUUCCAACGAUCAAAAUCGCAAUCUGUGGAUUACAAACAUCUCACAGAAUACCAGGGCUACGGAAUUAAAGCAGGCGCUGUCAGUACAUGGAAGGGUUAUGGGUGCAAAAGUUGUUAUGAAUGCCAGACAUCCAGCGGCCUGCUGCUACGGUUACGUAAAGAUGGAGACAGUAGCGGACGCCGACAACUGCAUUACAAAAUUAAAUAAUACUGAACUUAAUGGUCAUAUUAUACGUAUCGAGAAGGUACGUCCUGAUUAUUUAAAUCCACUUAAAAAUAAGUUGGAGGGAAAAGGCGUUACGGCGAAAACUACAUCCGCUGCACCGGUGAAGAGCGAAGGGAAAGAAAAGGAGGAGAAAAAGAUAGAGACGUCUAAUAAAGAUUCUAAAACUGAAAAAGUAAAAGAGGAAAAUCAUAAGGAUAAAGAAGCCAAAGAACCUAAAGACAAAGAAAAAACUAAAGAUGAGAUCAAGGAUGUUAAGAAGGCAGACAGUUCUUCAUCUCGCAGGAAGACGCGGAGUCCUGCGGAUAGAAGGAGCCGUGAUAAACAUAGAUCUACAUCCAGAAGUCGCAAUGAAAGGAGCCAAUCUUCGAAAUCGGCGACCCGCAGGGAACGAGAAAGGGAAGUACUGACGUUCGAAAAGAUACGAGAUGAAAGGGAUAGGGAAAGGAUACGGGAACGCGAGCGCAUUUUACGCGACAGACGUCGCGAGGAAGUUGCCAGACAACGGGAAAUUGAAAGAAAUCAAAGAAGCGAAGCUGCACGCUUGGAAAGAGAACGAGAGAAAUUGAGACGAGAAAGAGAGCGUCUGGAGCGAGAACGAGCCGAAUUGAUGCAGUUCGAAAGAGAAAGACAGAAGCUGGAACGUGAAAAAUUAGAAUUGGAGAGGAUGGAGCUGGAAAGAGCUAAAAUCAGGAUGCAAGAGGAAGAUCGCAGAGCGGUUAAAAGGCCAGCACCAGCAGCACCGUACAGGGAACGCGAAAGAUCUUAUGAAGAAAGAAAACGCAUCGCUACAGAUAGACAUUUCGACGAGGCUCCGCCUCCCCCAAGGUUUGAUGUUCCAAAUAGGGAUCCUAACUCUCCUAAAAAGUUUGCCGCUGGAAGUUCGGCUAACAAAGAUUACAGUAAACCUAGAAUAGGGAAUUACGAGAAACGAAACGACGGAGGUUACCAACCAAAACGCGAAUAUGAAGAUCGAUCACAUCCAGCAAGCUCUUCGUUGGCCAGAGGACCUCCUGUUCCGAAGUAUGAUACUGGAUCAUAUUCCAACCGCGAUCGAAAUAAUGGAGGUGACAUUAGGGAUCCGAGGAUGCGCGACGCCGGCGGUAUUCCCUCCAAUGUAUCAAAUGCGAAAUAUGCGAUUGAUUCAAAGGUUUCCCGGUACAAUGAACGCGAGCGUGACAGGAGUCCACACUUCCGACCUUCCGUAAGGGACGAUAGAGACAGAAGAGGCAUCACCGACUCAAAGCCGGAUAUGCGCAAUCCGCGCAAUGACCGUAGGUCAUAUCCGGAUCAACAGAAGGAUACGAUGCGCUACGAGCGGCCAUCUGCUUCCUCGGCAUCAGCGUGGAAUACUCAAAAAGUAUUUAGUGCUACAGGAGCUCAAGCCAAUAAGCAAAGCUGGGGCAAGGAUACGUGGAGAUCUGAGAACCAAACCAAUUCCGACAGAUGGAAUUCGGCCAGUCAGGCGAGGAAUUCGGUGAACGUGUCAUCUUCGACGUUCUCGGGCAACAACGGUAUGAGCAUUGCCGGUCCCAGUUGCCCGCCACCUCCAGGAAUUAACACAUACGUCAAUGAGCGUUUUGACUACAAGGGCACUAUGGGUGGAGGCGGAGGUGGUGCAAACGCUGGUUUUUAUUGGAAACCGCCCACCCCGUGAACGAACGUUACAGAAGCCAUAAAUAUCGUUGCUCGCAACAAAAUAUUAUUAUUACAAAUAUCCUUUACUUCUAAAAUAUAUACGGAGAUCCCGUGGUCCUUUGCUGUGGGAAGCGGCCACGACGAUUACACACAGUACACAGGAAGGCGCUAAUUAUGAUGUCGUGUUCCGGAAACACAACUAACUGUAAUCAUUUAUAUUUUGUAUAUACACAAACAAACCCUUGUCCCUGUUAAUUCCCUAAUUUUCAAAUAUUCUAUCGAACAAAUUAUGAUUAUUACUAAAUUAAUUACUUACAAAUAAUUAACAUUGCAUAAUGCCACGUUCCGUUACAAUUAAAAAAAAUAAAUUAUUGUAUUGAUCUUAAAUAUCUGUGAAAUUCUCCCUUGUUAAUAGUCCAAUGCUGAAUGGUAUGCAAUUAACAUUCGCACCAUCGAUCGUGUUAAUUAAUUAAUUAAAACUUUAAACUAAUAAAUUUAAACAAAGAUAAUCAA